AUGCCGUCGCCGUCGUCCGCAGUAGGAAGUGUCGUGUUCGCAGCUGAUGAUGUGGUUGAUGUUGCCGUUGCCAAGUUGUCAUUCAAAGAUGCAGACCCAACGUCAGAUGUUGAGGGCAAGAUUGGCACAGUACUUAAGGUUGAAGGGACUGAGGCAGGCGCCAAGGUCGUCGUUGGACUUGUUGCCGAGCCGCUGUUUUGA